GUUUCACUAACCUUCUCUCUUUCUAGGGUUUCUCGAUUUUCGUGUAUAAUCAUCAGUUCGUUCCGGUCUAGCGGUAGCUUUGGGGCUUUAGUUUUGUUCAAUUCAGAAGUUUUUGUGAAGAUUUGAGGCCUUUGGUUCAUAGAUCUGUUGAGCAAUGCCUCCGAGAUCGGCGAAGAAGACCCCUCCUGGGCCAGGGAGCAAGCGAGGAGGGAGAGCCACCCGCGGGACUCCGAAGGCUGUACAGGAGCCGGUGAAACUUCAGGAGGAGGUUACUGUUGAGGUUAAAGAGGAAGGUGCUAAAGUCCAAGAGGUUGUUGAAGAAAAACCAAAGCUUGUGCCUGAAACUCGGCCGGAGCCGGAACCGGAGCCGAAGCCGAAGCCAGUGGCUGAGCCUAAACCGGAGUCAAAACUGGACUCGAGGGACUCGAUUUAUGAAAAGAAGGAGGAUGAAGUGAAAGAAUCUGUGGAUGAAUAUGAAAAGGGUGAGCGGUUGGAUUUGGAGGAUAAUGAGCCUGAAUUUGAACCUGAAGAAUAUGGUGGUGUGGAUUAUGAUGAGAAGGAGAUUGAUCAGGAAGAUGCUCAAGAAGAGGGCGAUGAAAUGGAGGAAGAGGUGGAUGGAGACAUAGGUGAGGAGGAAGAAGGUGAUGGUGUAGGGGAUGAUUUGGAAGACGCUCCUGAGGAACUUGAAGCUGAUGAGGAUGAGGAACAUCCUGGAGAGGAGCAUGGCGGUGAGGUUGACGCAGACGAGGAAGAGCACCAUGAAGUUUUUAAGGAGAGGCGCAAACGCAAGGAGUUUGAAGUUUUUGUUGGAGGCUUGGACAAGGAUGCUACUGAGGAAGACCUCAGGAAAUUAUUCAGUGAGGUUGGUGAGGUGACAGAGGUCAGACUAAUGAUGAAUCCUCAGACUAAGAAGAACAAGGGCUUUGCAUUUUUGCGUUUUGCUACAGUUGAACAAGCAAAACGAGCGUGUGCUGAGUUGAAAAAUCCAGUGGUCAAUGGUAAGCAAUGUGGUGUUACACCUAGUCAAGAUAGCGACACCCUCUUUUUGGGUAACAUAUGCAAGACAUGGACAAAGGAAGCUUUGAAAGAGAAGUUGAAGCAUUAUGGAGUUGAGAGUAUCGAGGACUUAACAUUGGUUGAAGACAGUAAUAGUGAAGGAUUAAAUCGGGGCUUUGCCUUCUUGGAGUUCUCUUCUCGUUCAGAUGCUAUGGAUGCUUUCAAGCGUCUGCAGAAAAGAGAUGUAAUAUUUGGAGUAGACAGGCCUGCAAAGGUUUCCUUUGCAGAUUCCUUCAUUGAUCCUGGUGAUGAAAUCAUGGCUCAGGUUAAAACUGUGUUUGUGGAUGGACUGCCUGCAUCAUGGGAUGAGGAUCGAGUCAGGGAGCUUCUCAAAAAAUAUGGAGAAAUUGAGAAGAUUGAGCUUGCUCGUAAUAUGCCAUCUGCCAAGAGAAAGGAUUUUGGUUUUGUUACAUUUGACACCCAUGAUGCUGCAGUCAUGUGUGCUAAAAGCAUUAACAAUGAGGAGUUGGGUGAAGGAGAAAACAAGGCAAAGGUGAGAGCUAGAUUGUCCAGGCCUCUCCAGAGAGGGAAAGGAAAACAUGUUGCUCGAGAUUUUCGACCUGGACGUGGCCACGCACGAGCCACCAGGGCUCCUUGGAGUCGUUCAGUUCCUCGUAGCCUUCCAGUGCGUGGGGCUAGAGGAAUUGGAGGUCGUCUGCCACCUGCUGCUGAUCGUGGGAUGAAGAGGCCAGUUGGACUCAGGGAUAGACGUCCUGUAAUGGCCAUGCCAGUGAGAGGCAGGCCCAUGCCACCUCCAUCAAGGUCUUAUGAUAGGAGGCCACCUGUGCCUUCAUACCCUAAGAGUAGCUUGAAGAGGGAUUAUGGCCGGCGUGAGGAGCUCCCACCUAGGGGAAGAGCUCCUGUUGAAUAUGCUUCCAGGAUUGCCCCAGAGAGGCGACCAUCAUAUAGGGAAGACUAUUCCUCUCGUGGAUCUGGAUACUCAGAUUUCCCUAGGACUACAUCACGUGCUGCAGCAAGGAGACCCUACACGGAUGAUGGGUACGGGCAAAGGUAUGAAAGGCCUCCACCAAGCUACCGAGAAGGUCGUGGUCGUGAAUAUGAUCAUCCUAUAUCUGGAUCAAAACGCCCAUAUAGUGCAAUGGAUGAUGUACCUCCACGCUAUGCUGAUGCUGGAGUACGCCAGUCGAGGGCACGUUUAGAUUAUGAACUUGGCGGUGGCGGUUCCCAAUAUGGGGAUACUUACAGUGACAGACUUGGGAGAUCUGGUAUGGGAUAUGGCAGUAGCAGAACUUCUCUUUCCAGCCAGGAUUCACAUGGGCUUUAUAGUAGUCGCCAGGGUAUGGGUUAUGGUGGAGGCUCUUAUGGUGGUAGUGAUGUUGGUGGGAUGUACUCAUCAAGCUAUGGUGGUGAUUAUAUGUCUCGUGGAUCGGAUGUUGGCGGUAGUUCUUAUUCGUCGCUGUAUCCUAGUCGUGGCAUGGGCGGUAGUAGCUACAUGGGCAGUGGUGGGUCUGGAUCAUACUACUGAGAUUUAAGUUGACAAGAGGUGCUGUAGGAUGGGAGUGUUUGAAGGUUGUGCUUCCGCACCACUUUGGAGAAGCAUAUCGCGAAGCAUAAGUAGCCUGUUUCUCACACCUGUGAGAAAUGUGUAGCUUUGAUUAAGGGGAUCUAUUACUUCUGGCCAUUAUAGAUCUAAAGUUUGGAAUCUUAUUUUCUGCUGUAAGGAAAACCAAGUUGUUUAGAGAUUGAAUAUUUGGUAUGUGGUUUUUUUUGAGAUGCAAGUUUUUACCACCCUUGCCAUUUAAGAUUUUACCUUGUGGACAAAGAGGAGACAUUCCAACAGUCUUUCAAUGGAAUAUUGUGGUAAAUGUUUUGAGGUGGCUUUUAAUGCGGUGAAGGAACUUUGAAAUAUGUUACUGAAAUUGCUGGGCAAGUAUCAGCUGAGAAUGCUGAAGGCCUGAAAGUAUGUACCAAGUAAUUCUAUUUCCAGUUUCAUGGCCUUUAAAAACAAUAUUUUAAGGUGAUUAUAAUGCUCAAGGAAUUUUUGAACAUAUUGUUACACCGCAACUAUUGGAUUAUAUAAGCUAAGAAGGCUGAAGGCUUGAAGGUUGUUUUGACUAAUUCUAUUUCUUCUCAUUCCUUUGAACACUAUUAUGCUGAAAUCAAUGGAUAUGCAUCAGCUUUAGGAAUGCUGAAGGCUUGAAGUCUGCUUUGACUAAUUCCUUUUCCACUUUCAUUGCCCUUGAGAACACAUUGAAAGAACUUUGAGCAGUAACCAGGAAAGCAAACCGUGUUUGUUAUAUUAUUUGUCCUAGACAAGCCAGGAAAUUAACCAUGGAGAGGUUAAUUCUAAUGGUAUACCCUUAGAACUGGCUUGACUUGUAUCUCCACUUAAUUAUGGAGAGGUUAAGAUGCCCUUGGAACUUCAGUAUUAUCAGGAGAGAUCACUGCUUGUGUUAUAAACUCAAUUGGCAUCCUUGUCUGUUUAACUGGUAUUGCUUUUCAAUGACAUGAUUUACUAAAUCUUUUUGGACCAAUAAUUUUUUGGGCAAUUUCUUAGUUAAAAGAACCGUAGGUUGUAGUUAUGUCAUUCUAAACUAUGGAAUGGAGGCUACUCAGUUCUUAGGCAAAUAGGAGAGCCUGGUUUUAUAAACUUGCUGCAUGCCUCCUCAAACUUGGAUCAACCCAGAGAUGUGUUUGAACACAACCAUCUGUUUCUUUUGGCAUUUUGGAAGCCUUUGGUGCUUUUCCUAAGCUUUUGAGCCCAGUGAUCUACAGUUUCUUGGCUUCACAAUGUGUUAUAUUUGUCAGAUGCGCCAAAAAGUUUGAAGACAAAAAUUUGUUGUCCCUUGUCUCGAACAAUUUAAAAUGUCAUCACUGGGAUUUUGUCUGGCUUUUUUGUGGUGCACGACUACAUUGGAAAGACAUGGAAAUGAAGACAGAACUUGGGCUGCCUUCUUUAAUUGUUUUAAAUUUUGUAACCCUCUUUUUCCUCCAAAGAGAAGUAUCUCAUUGCAAGGAGCAAAGACUUUGUAAGGGGCUUGCUAUGUUGGGAGAAAUAUGUAUCUUUUUACAUUGAAUUAAAGAAGUGAUGGGGAAACAAAAAUUAAACGUGUAUUUCACUGGGAGAAUGCACGUGUUGGCACAAGGUUUUAGAGGUUCAACGUUCUUAAAGAGCCACAUUUAUGCGGCAUAGAAAAUAUACUGUGUUGUUCUUUAAGUCUCAAGUUGCCUGUCCUUUGGAAGGGAUGACACCAACUAGGAGUGCAUUUGGCAUGACAUUUGAGACUGUUUUAUGUUAGAUUGUCCAUUGCUCAUUUUUGAGCGGGUGGGUUGACUUCAGAAUAGCUAGUUGCCUGCAGUAGAUGAGGCAUCCGAGUUGGAUUGGAAUUUGUUGAUGCUUAUGGUUUAGUGCGUAGCAGUCUUCAUGCUUUUUUUUUUUCUUUUUCCUCUGAAAGGCCCUUGCUUUCAUAGGCUUUCAAUUAGUAGGGCUUCAUCAUUUUUUCUUUGCAAAUUGGCUAUCGUUUUCUGCCCAGGUUAAAACUAGAGCACGUGUGUACUUUUGUUGCUUGUUGGCGGUUAUCAUUUUUGGUUAAGAAGACUUAAAGAGAGGCCCUUAAAUGUUUUUUCAGCAUCCGCUCUUUCUUUUUUCUUUUUUUUUUAAUUACAAAAAACAAAGAAAGACUUCUCUUAAAGCUUUGGGCAUGCAUAUAGGAGUUUGCCUCAACAUCUUUGAUGAUCUCCUUUUCUGGGUACGUGGGCAUGUUAGUUUCUAGGUUAAGUACAUGUCAUGUCCUGUAUUCUAGAGUUAGGUAAUGUUAAUGUUCUUGGCGGGUGGUUGUGUGGUUAUGAGAAAUGACAGAUCCUGAUGGGGGAGACGCAUUUGUACCUCUGAAGGUGUCUCUUCUCUUGUGCAAAUGCUGCUGCGACUAGUGGUGAUAGUUGUUGCAUUUUCUCCGGCGGUCUCAGUUCCCCUCGUAUUCUGCUAUGAUUUGCACUAAUAAUAUGUUUUGGUCGUCUUUGAAUUGGGUUUUUGUAUAUCUCUCUAGUUCUUGUUUUCAUGUGAACAGAGAUUGCCAAUAUCGGCGGCAUUUGCCACCAAAGAAAAAGAAUAAACUGUGAAGCUUCCUUU